AUACAUACAGUCCCACAGGAGGCGCUGUGUUCAGAAUUGUGUGUCUUAUUCUACUGUAUUUGCGCUCUGGCUCUGAGAGGCUGACUGUUGGACAGUGCUGACUCUGAUAUAGAAGAAUUAUCUGGUGGCUAAAAGUAAUAUUUGAAGGCAUAUUGGGGGAUUAUCAGUGAUCAACAAAAGUCAACAUGAGUACUGCUACACAGAGGAAAAGACGAACAUCAUCUGCUACAUGUUCCCGCCGUAGAAACAGCAAGAGGAACAGGACCCAGAUGUCCCAAACAGCGAUGGAGACCAUUGAUGUGCUGGAAAGUGACCGUACUCCCAGUGAAGAUGUGGUAGAUUUAACAUGUGAAGGCUCUGAACCUGCGGUUGUUGACCUCACCAAUAAUGAUUCUAUUGUGGUUGUGGAAGAUGGUGUGCAAAGCAGACGCGGACCGGGCACAGAGAGUUAUGUACUGAGCAGUGAUGAAGAGGAAGAGUCCAGUCUUAGACUCAGUCCAGGCUUACUGUCCUCUCUACAUGCCAGCUCGAGGGCCAGGUCUACGCCAGGGGCUGUUAGCUGUCCUGUUUGCAUGGAUGCUUAUUCAGAGAUCAUUGACAGUGGUCGGCUCAUGGUCUCCACAAAGUGCGGCCACCUUUUCUGCAGUCAGUGCAUCCGCGACUCUCUCAGCAGAGCUCACAGCUGCCCUACAUGUAGAAAGAAACUCACACACAAACAGUAUCACCCAGUAUAUAUCUAAUGGUAAAAACUUGUCUCACAAAGUUCUCUAGUAUGCUCUCAUGAAACAAUUUCACAGCUCCAUAUUUUCACUGGCUGUUUAUAGUACACACACAAAUGAUAUUUGCCAUUAUUUUGACUUGCAAGAUUCUGUUGUAACCAAAAGGGCACUCGGUCCAGGAUUAAGUGUUUUUUUUUUUUUUUGAAUGUGUGUGACUGUGU